AUGGCGGUGCGUGCACACGUACUGUAUCCCCACCAUCCAUUAGAUGGAGGGAGGCUGACCAGAUGGAUUCCUGACAGCAGAGCGAACAGACAAGAUGAUCAGCAGACUCCUGCUGUCAGUCUCUCAUCCAUAAGGAUUGUGCUGCUGGGUGAAACUGGUGUAGAGAAAAGUGCAUGUGGAAAGACAAUACUGGGACAGAAAGAGUUCGGAUCUGAGAAAAGACAGACUGUAGUAACAACUGAAUGUUCAGAAGCACACACCACUGUUUCAGGCAGAUCUGUGUCUGUAGUUGAUACUCCUGGAUUCUUUGACACACAGAUGAGGCCUGGAAAGUUAAUGACAGAGAUAGCAAGAAGUGUUUAUUUAUCCAGUCCUGGACCUCAUGCAUUUCUCAUUGUGUUCAGAGUUGACAGAUUCACUGAACAGGAGCAACAGAUUCCUCAGAUGAUUGAGAUGAUGUUUGGUCAGGAGGUGUUAAAAUAUUCCAUCAUUCUCUUCACUCACGGAGAUCUGCUAGAUGAGCCCUUGGAGGAGCUCAUUGAGGAGAACAGUAGAUUAAGACAUCUAGUUCAGCAGUGUGGAAACAGAUAUCAGGUAUUCAACAACAGAGAUGAGAAUAACAGAGAGCAGGUGAAUGAUCUACUGCAGAAGAUUGACACAAUGAUAGAGCAGAAUGGAGGAGGACAUUACAGUAAUCAGAUGUUUGAAGAUGCUCAGAGAUUCAGACAAGCGGAAGAGCAGAGACAGAGAGAAAAAUCCUGGUGUCCUCUACACAUCACUGUUUCAGGAAGAAAAAUAUCUGUAGUUGAUACUCCUGGAUUAUUUGAUACAGAGAUGAGCCCUGAGGAGUUAAUGACAGAGAUAGCGAGAAGUGUUUAUUUAUCCAGUCCUGGACCUCAUGCAUUUCUCAUUGUGUUCAGAGUUGACAGAUUCACUGAACAGGAGCAACAGAUUCCUCAGAUGAUUGAGAUGAUGUUUGGUCAGGAGGUGUUAAAAUAUUCCAUCAUUCUCUUCACUCACGGAGAUCUGCUAGAUGAGCCCUUGGAGGAGCUCAUUGAGGAGAACAGUAGAUUAAGACAUCUAGUUCAGCAGUGUGGAAACAGAUAUCAGGUAUUCAACAACAGAGAUGAGAAUAACAGAGAGCAGGUGAAUGAUCUACUGCAGAAGAUUGACACAAUGAUAGAGCAGAAUGGAGGAGGACAUUACAGUAAUCAGAUGUUUGAAGAUGCUCAGAGAUUCAGACAAGCGGAAGAGCAGAGACAGAGAGAGCAAGAGGAACGCAGUGAAAACACAGACUUUACACAAUUUUUUACCAAGUAUGGGCAUAAUUUGCGUAUGUCAGCGUUUGCAGUUGGUAGAUCCUCCUGA